AUGGAUCAUAAUUUAUUUAAUCCGUCAACUUAUAUUAAUGUUCCAAAUAAUGAAGGUAAUUUUCAUGAUUUAAAUGUUGUGUAAGAGUUUUUUUGAAAGUUGUUUGAGCAUAACUUUUAUCUAAUAAUUUUUAGUGGAUUGGGCGUCUUUAGCCAAACGAUGGAUUCAAACCAAAUUUGAUGGAGAUGUUGAAGUCUUGGAUAAAUCUACGGGAGGAGAGGCUCGUGGAGUUUCAAGCGAAGCAAUGGGACAUACGUUAUCAGUUAGACCUUCCGCGGGUAAAAUUUUUAUUUUUUUUUGAAUUUAGGAAUUAAGAAUGAUAUUUAUUCUUUAAAAUAAUUUAUAUUUAGGUUACGGAUAUCCUACGCAAGCUCAUAUACCACCUUGUGCAAGUUUGUCGGCUUCGUUAGCACCACCGUACUAUGUUCGACCACUUCCUCCACCUGGAUUCUUCAAUCCUCCUGCUGAUUUUCGACCACAGUUUUUCAACAAUCGCCCUCAACCUUUUACUACACCCAAGCCUCAUAUUCCGCCAGUUUCUUAUUCUUCCUCAACUUUUAACUCGACUCUAAAGUUUAAUCCGGUUCCACCACUUUUCCAGGCUGCUUCUAAUGCAACUUCAACAGCAGAAAGUUCUGACUCUAAAUGGAAUAAAAACAACAAUAAUAGUGAAGAAAUUCAUAUGCCGGAUUACGAAGUCGAUGGAGCGAUGGCCCAUUGGAUGAAUGAUACCAACAACGAUCCGGCACAUUGGAUCGACAAUAGAAUUGAUCAAGCUAGUCGAAAGAAGUUGCCCCAGUGGAUUUUGGAGGGAUUAGAAAAGGCUGAACAGGAAAAAAGAAAACAAAUGGAGAGAGAGCAGAAGGUUCAGGAAGACUUGAAGAAGGAUUCAGAACGCGAAGCAAGACGCAGGGCCAAGGGAAAGGGGAAAUUUGUGCGUAAAUUAUAUUUUAAAGAAUUUUAAAAGAUAAAAUGGAAAUUUGCGUUUUUUAAACCGAGAAAAAACUGCUUUAAUUAUUAGUAUUAUCUAUAAUUCAAAUAAUCUUUAGGAUUCUGAUAGCGAAGACGACGGUGAUGAUUUUAAACAAUUGGACGCGAAACGUGUAUUUGCUUCCGAUUCAGUGAUUAAGGAGAAGAUGACUGUAAGAUGUGAAGAUCUUGUGGAAAAUAAGGUAGCUUUUCGUUUUUAAUUUAGGGAGAUAAAGUAUGAUAUUAUGAUUGUUUUUGUUGAUUGAUUUAGAGUACAAUCAUUUAUGGCAUUGAGUUAUUGGGACAAUAAGUUAAUUUUUUUAUACAGUAGGUUAUUUUUAGACUCGGGCUGUUAAAAGACUUAUGUUUUCGAUUUUAAUGCAAGCAUCGGAGGUGGCUAUCGAAGACCAGUUUAACAAAGCAUUUGAAAGGUUCAAAAAACUAGGUGAGAUUACAUUUCUUAUUAAAGAAUUUAAAAAAUAUAGGUAGGAGAGUUGUGGCAUCAACGUCAGCUUCGAAUGCUUUAACUGCGAUUGGUAUGUGUUUUUUAUUUGUCAUUUUUUUUGUUACAACUGAUACCAUUCCAAAAAAAUUCUGUUUUUAACUUUAUUAUGUUAAUAUUUUUUCAGCACAAUACACGGACGACGAAGAAACCACCGACGACGAGAAAAGCGAGGAUAAAAACAGAGUAGUUGAGUUGAGUGAGGGGUUUAAGCGCAAACUUGAGAAAGGUAACAUAUUAUUUAUUAGGUUGUCGUAUUUAUUUUUACAAUGUUUUUAUAUAGUUUCGAUUAUAGAUACUUUUUAUGCUGCUUUAUAAAUUCAUUAUUCAGUUUGUAACGCUUCUAAGGACAUGAAUAGGAAGCAUCAAAAAUAUUUUUAAUGUAGAUUCUUUAAACAAUUACAGUUUUUAAGCAUAGUGUUAAACACAAAUAUAUGUAUAUAUAUUAUUCUAUUUGAUGUCUACAACUUAAAUUUAUGAUAAGAUAUUUACAUUCCUUUUAUUUUUAGAUUUGUCCGAAGAACAACAGGAGGCCAAUAAAGGUAGUCAAUAAUAAAAAAGCUAAAGUACAAUUUAGGUAAUGAUUGCGGACGUAAUGAAGGAAAUGAUAUGCACAACCCCUCUAAAAGGUACGUGAAGCUGUUUUUUAUAGUAUUGUUUUAGUAGCUUUAAUAAAAACUCUGAAAUACGUAUAACAAACGCAAAAAUAUUACACCGCUUUAAGUUAAUUUUUUUACAAAUUUUUAAAUAACGUUACACGUUGGGCGGAGUGAAAAUAUCAAAUGUUUUUAGAGAUCAUUCUAAUACAGAUGAAACCAAAACAAAAGGCCAAACAGGCUUUCAAGAAGAGAAGUUUAAAGCAAGACGGUCUAGUGAUAACGAACAUUUUGAAGGGUAUAGUUGCAAAAUUUCUAAAGAGCGAGAAAGUAGAGUUUACCCUGGAAGAUCAAGCUCAAAUGAACGAUGUCAUCAAUCUGGUUUAAAGGAACGUUUAGGAAAAGGAUUUUCAAACGACAAUAAAAAUGAGGCAAACCGUUAUGAUGAAUUGAGAGCAGAUAAAUGUUUCAAGGAUUCAGAUCGGCAGUGUCGUGUGGAUUGUAACGGUUCUCGUAGUGCUUAUAGAAAAUCAAAUGACAGAAGGCGUGGUUAUGAUGACUAUGGAGACAGCAUUUAUAAACGAUCUGAAAAUUAUGAUUAUCGCACCAGCGAUACAAAACGUAACGUACGUUCAGAUAGAGAAAGAAAAGAAAGCGAAAAAAGGCUACGCUCUCGCUCUCACGAGCGAAAGCGCAGCCGCCGUUCUUAA